UUCUACAGGUGACAAUGUCGAGGAUAUAUCUGCCGAUUAAGGAAAUUACGGAAAACACCAACAACUGGACUGCGCUUAUCCAGGUUGUUGAGAAGCCACCCGUUCAUCAAAGCAAAAAUGAUUCAACGAUGCAUUAUCGCAGAUACUUAUUCACAGAUGAAGAGGGCACAAAAGUUGCUGCAGUUGUUUACAACACUGACAUCGACGAAUUUGCACCACCGUUGCUCAUGCCAUACAAAAGAUACUACGUUUCCGGAGCAAAAGUACGUCCAGAGAUACCACUGUAUCAGGUUGGUGAUUACAAGUACAAAUGGACUCUGGUCAAAGGUACAAAUGUUGAAGAAUAUGAAGAACCCCUGCCCCCACAACUUCCGUGCUCAAUUGAAAUUCAUCCAAUGAAACCAAUGCUUCUUACACUAUGGAAUCAGUUCGAGACAGACCACGGCGACAACAAAUCUUUAUGGUCAGCCACGUGCAGCAACUGCCGCAAGAAUUACAAUAUGCCGCCAAACACGGCAAUGAAAUGUCGAAGCUGCCAGGCAAAUACUUACGUUGAAGCAAGGUGUCGGAUUCCAAUGGUGAUUAAAGAUGAAACAGGAACUUUAUAUGCAAUGAUCUAUGGGACUGAUGCAGAGAAAAUUAUCCCAUUCAGCGGGAAUGAUUUGUAUGAAGCAGAGAAAAAUGGCCAAGACUUAAAAGGUGAAAUUGAAGCAUUAAUAGAAAAGCACAGAGUUGUUUGUUUCAUUAAGUAUACCGAGUCUGCUUAUCAUACAAUUCUAAAGCUCUAUACCGCUGACGACAUGAACACCGAGAAGAAUAUGCUUGAAGACCAACCCCCCAGAAAAGACACACCCAGUUCAUUAUCACCUCAGGUUGUGGAAAAGCAACUCUUCACCCCAACACUCAAAAAUGUACUCCAGUCUGUUUCCAUGAAAAUUGAGAAAGAUCCAAGCAUAGGAAGUUCAGAAACACUUGUUAAGAAACGCAUCAACUUUGAAAGCCAACCAACAGCCUCUUCCUCAAUCACAACUGCCGCGCCAUCAAAACAAGCUUCACCAAAAUCAAGCCAGUUCAAUCCUGAAACACAUGCAGAUCUACCUGCCAGCCCUUCAAAGAAAAGUCGACCCAAGAUGGAUUGACGCCUCGACACCUCCAGCUUUUGACUUUUGGCUCACCACCUCAAGCUUUUGACUUUUGAACUAGAAAAACAUGACGAAUGGAUGCUUCUUUUGUGUGCAAAUUCGAAAUUUGAAGGAUUAGAAAAACCUAGCUAAAAACUUAUAUUUUUGUGGUCAAAUCCUUUACAGAAUUAGAAACAUCUAUAUACAUAUAGAUGCUUUUGGAUUCUGUAAAAGGAAAAUACUCAAUGUGCUAUGCUAAUGACUAUGCUUUUGUAUAUGAAUCUUUUGAUCAUCCAAU